AUGGUUGUAUUAGGCUCUAAUAAUUCGCCUCAGAUAUUUAAUGUUUUAUUCAAAGAGGUUUUUUCUGAUUUAAAGACUUCAAAUUCAAUGUGGGAAUGUAUAUCUACAAGAGCAACAAAAUUAGCAGCGCAAUUGAAUGCAACGGCUUCAGCACUUUCUCAUUUUGUUGAUGCAUUACAAACAGUUAGCGAUUGUGCCAACAACGUUAAUGGUAUAAGUCGUGAUAUUGGGGCUGCACUUACGCGCUAUUGUAUUAGACAACGUAGCAUUGAGAGUGGACUCCGCAAAAUUUCCCAGCCGUUGAUCGAAGAAUUCGCCGGCGAAUUGGAGAAAAAAUGUGCAGAAUGGAAGCAUUCACUUGCUGAUGCUGAGCGUCGACACCAACGUUCUUGUAAACGUCUAAAGUCAUCCCAUUCGUCGCAAGCAGAUGCAGAGAAGCGUCAUACCUUUAUUGAACUGUUACAUAUGCAGAGGAGUCAUUAUGCUGGGUUUAUAGCUUUGUUGCUUCCAAUUAUUGGUUCACAAUUGGACGUUUUGGAUGAGAAUACACAUUUACGACAAGUUCGAGAUUCAUUGGAGGCGACAUUAAAUGGAUCUGAUACACAUUUAUUAGUAGAUGCACUUAUUGAGGAUAUUACUCUUUGUUCAUCUUCCUCAAAAAUAGAUGGUAAAACCUGUGAUGAGUCAAAUAAAGUAUUUGAAAAACAAAAUUUAAAACAAUUUGGAAUUGUCAAUGAUAGCAAAAGGUUGUUAAAACUAUACUUUUAA